AUGUCUUCAAACGAAUCAUUAGAUGUUUUCACAUCUACAAUUAACAAUGGUGAAAUGUUUAUAACACACCAUCCAAUAAAUGUCCGAAGAAGACAGAAUAGACAACGUAGAAGACAACGAAUAUAUCGGAAUCAUAUUCGAUUUAUUGCAUCCAUCAAUCUUAUUAAUAAUGAAGAAAACACUGAUGGUACUGAUGCUUCGGAUGAUAGCGAAGGCGAAGAAAAAGAAACUCCGAAAAAAGUAUAA